AUGGAGAACGCGUUGGAGAGUGUGCUGAGCUCUCUGGAGUCGCGAUCAGCAAAGCUCAGGAAAUGGGCAGAGAUGAACAUCCACGUCCAGAGCCAGGAGGUCGCUGGCCUUGAGGCUGCUGUCGGUGCCUUACAGCAGCAGCAGCAGCAGCUGCAGCGGCAUCGCCUCACAGCGCUUCCCGCGAUUGAGGAAGCGACUUUGCAAGAAAUUAGCCAGCUCCGACAAGAGAGAGAGGCACUGACUCAGCACAUGCGCCGAGAUGCCGAGCGGUUGUUAGACGGGCUUGGCCAGUUCCAAAAGGCGAAGGAAAGUUCGUGGGAGGCUUCGAUGCCGGCAGAAAGGGCCAAGGAGAAAUGUGCAGAGCUUUGGGAUCUUCUCGCGCAUGUCAAAGAUACGCGGAGGUCAGCGUCUGAAGCGCUUGCAGCAAAACUGAGCGACGCGCUCGGGGAGGCAGAGAAGGCCAUUGGUGAAGAGGCGGAGUCUCGGCGUGAAGCGGAAGCCGCUAUCAACAGGUGCAAUAGUUCUGCAGGGGCUGCAAGAAAUGCCCACUCAUGCAGAACACCGAGAAACAGCAUUCGCCAACUGACAGCACACUUGCGAAAGAAUGCAAAAAGCUGCGCUGCGGAGUAA